UGCGUAAAUAGUUGUCAGUCUCGGAAGACGGAAUUGUGUUUGGUCCUUUAUAUUAGAUAUAUUUAUCUGGAGAUCAAUGUAAAAAUGACUAAAUUACGGCUUUUAAAUGCCUACCUUACUGAGCGUUUAAUGGUGGCCGUGCGGGAGAUACUGGAGGUGGUGGAGGGCACGGUGUCGGAGUUUCAGGAGGAAGCUGCACGGACACACAGAGAGAACGAGAGUCUGAGACGGAGGCUACGGGAAGUCGGAUACGACACAGAGGCAGAUUGGCCGGUUCUUUCCUCGUCCCUCCCCUCAGGAGCUGCCCACUCUCCCGCUGAGCAGCAGCACUAUGAGCAGGACUGGAGCUGCAGUCUGAAGGCAGACACAGAGCUCACAGUGAAUGAGGAUAAACAAGUGCUGUCUGAGCAGCAGAGGACCAGCCACAGGGAAGAGUUAUGUGAUCCAAACGUGUCGGUUUCUACAGGACUCGGUGUACUAGCCUCUCACAGCACAGAUUCAUUAACAACUCCUUAUGUGAAAACUGACCAUGACCAGGAUUCCAUUCCACCACAAGAUCAUUUCAAGGUACAGAUUGUCAACACUGUACAUGCGCCUUUGUCGCCCAGCACUGUGACUGAUUUGAUUAAAACAGAACCUGAAGAGGUUUACUGUGGCGUGUCAGAAGCACCCACUGAAUCUGUUGAUCCUGUUGGUUCAGAGUGCAGCAGAAAGAAGAGUCUGGAUGUAGACAGUGUGAACAGUGUGGCGGGUGGACCCGUGUCACAGCCUGAAAUUGAGCAGCCGAAAGGGAAGCCGAGAAACGUCAACGGAAAGCGAUCACAUCCCUGCCCCCAGUGUGAAAAGACUUUCAGUCACGUGUCUCGUCUGAAAAUACACUUGCGAAUUCACACAGGAGAGAAGCCAUACAGCUGUGCUUUAUGUGGGAAAUGCUUCAAUAAUGAUGGCACAUUAAAAAAUCACCAACGAGUUCAUACAAAUGUGAGACUUUAUAGCUGUAAAGAGUGUGGGAUGAGUUUCAAGGAUGCAUACACCUGUAAAAAACAUCAGCGAGUUCACACAGGAGAAAAGCCAUACUGUUGCAUUCACUGUGGCAAGCAUUUCAAUGAAAUAGGUAAUCUCCAAACUCAUAUCAGGACACACACAGGAGAGAGACCAUUCUGCUGCAGUGUGUGUGGCAAGUGUUUCAGAGAGUCAGGAAAACUUAAGAAACACUUCAGAAUUCAUACAAAAGAGGACUCAUUUUUGGAUUCGCUGUAA